AUGCAUUGCUCAGUGCUUAAUACAGUAGCGGAGGUGGGCUCAUACAGGAAGCAAAACAUUACAGCAGCGGAAAUGCGACCUGUUGGGAUCUAGGAAGCUCUAUGCGGCUCGAGUCUUAUACUUAAAUUUUAGAGCUCAGAGCUAUCGGGAUGGGCCAUGUGGUUAUUCAAAUCGUUGCGGAUCCGGCCUCUCCUAAGUCCUCAGUGUACUCGGGGCGCUCAAGCUGGCCUCGAGUUUUGUAGCUGGAAGCGCCAGCGGAAACACUUGCUACCUCCACUGAUGGCUAAUCGCAGCCUCUGCAUGGCUGGCUGCUCCCAGGACGCCUCAUAUAAACACCUCAUUAAUGAAGGAGAGAAAAAGACAGUUAUCUGCGUUGAGGGGAAUAUUGCAAGUGGAAAAACAACAUGCCUGGAUUAUUUUGCCAAAACUACCAGCAUUGAGGUUUUGACGGAACCUGUGCCUAAGUGGAGGAAUGUACGUGGUCACAAUCUUCUGGGCUUAAUGUAUCAAGAUUCAUCACGGUGGGGGAUAACGUUGCAGACAUACAUACAGCUUACUAUGUUGGAUCAGCAUACCAGGCCAAUGAUUUCCCCGCUAAGAAUGAUGGAGAGGUCAAUUCACAGUGCAAAACACAUUUUUGUAGAAAACUUAUAUCGAAGUGGGAGAAUGCCAGAAGUGGAUUACAUAGUGCUAACUGAAUGGUUUGAAUGGAUCACGAAGAACACUGAUGUUUCAGUUGAUUUGAUAGUUUAUCUACAGACGUCUCCUGAAACUUGUUAUGAGAGAUUAAAGAAUAGAUGCAGAGAAGAGGAAAAGGUCAUUGCUAUGGAAUAUUUAGAAGCUAUCCAUCAGCUCUAUGAGGAGUGGCUUAUUAAACAAACGCUGUUUAAAGUUCCUUCUCCAGUGCUUGUGAUUCAGGCUGACAAUGACAUGCAGAAAAUGAUAGAAAAGUAUGAAGAAAAUCGGGACCGAAUAUUAACCCCGUACAAUAUGCAACACUGUCUGUAGAAAUCCAGUUUUAUGGUCAUGCUUUAAAAAACAUUUCCAUCAGGGGAAUUCUGAUCAACAUUCCCAACACUUCUUAUGAUUUGGUCUCUUGGUUGAGAUUUUGUCUUGUAAAGUGUCAAUGACUUUAGCUAGGAAAAGGCCACAAACAGGCCAUAUCCUGUUUAUCUUCAGCUUCUUGCACUUUUAAGUUCCAGUGCAGCUUCACUGAUCUCAGACUACCUCUGACAGGAAGCUGCUGUAUCUCAUUUCCCUACUUCACUUCUGCAUUGUAUAAAUACCUUUCUGAUAUUGCAUUUUCUCGUGAUAAAGUGCUUUCUUUCACUUCAAAUAGCCCCAUAUAUAUCCUUUCAUACAAUUAGAAGGCUGUGAAUAAGUCAAGCUUAUGUAGUCAGUAAGUGAGCAAAUUCAAUCUAAUUUUGUAACAAUUUUCAAUGGAAAAGCAAUGAAAUAACUAUGCUACUGUUAUCAACUGCCAUUUUCACAAAUAUCAUUAAUUGCACUUAAAAUAGGAAAACUAAACAGUUCACUUCUUAAUUAUGGACCUGAUUCUAAUCUCACUUGCACCAAUGUGACUUCAUUGGCUUUAUUGGAGUUAUUUCUGAUUUAAAUGAGAUCAGAAUCAAACCCCAAACCUGCAAAUACUUAUGCAUCUGAAUAGUUCUAUUGAAUUCAGUGGGACAAUUCAGGUACAUAAAGUUACCCAGGCUUUAUAAGAAUUUGGGGUCUAAAGCUCUCUGGCCCAGAUUUUCAGAAGAGUUCAGUAUCUAGCUGUUCUCAAUGAAAUUCUGACUCCAAAUGAAAAUCUCUUUUGAAAAUCUGUCCCUUAAACUUUUUCUAUCAUGUGACAGAAUUUUUCUUAUUAUGCAUUGAAAUUGGGUGGUAAUUCUGAUACUGAUUAUUUGAUAGGUUAAACUUUUUAUGUUCUAGUAGAUGUUUGCCUUGUGUAAGUUUAAGAACAUGUGACAGGGCAAUACAUAGGGUCAUCUUGAUCCCAGCUUCUCCUGGCUACAGACAUCAAGAAGAGAGCAGAGAACAUCUAGUGAAAGUUAAAUUCUCACUUUAAUUCUUAAACUGCUCUGUGGUGUUUUUAUAGAUCACUUAUUAUUUACCUUCUCGAGUGCUGUCCUCAUGUUGGCACUUUUAACGGAGCAAUCUUAAAACAACUUGCACUUUAUUUUCUCUUUAAAUUGGAAGGGAUGAUUCUUUGUUUAUUCUAUAAAAGUUUGGGUUGUUUGAACUGGUGCUAGUAAAAUUAGAAAUGCUUCCAGGAACACCUCUGCUUAAAACAACAUAGCAAAAAAAAGCAUUUACUUCACUGGACAUGUCAGAACUGUAUAAUCUUAAAACUAGCUCAGUGUUUAGCUCAGUGUUUAGCUCAGCUAAGAUGUUUUCGUAAAUGUAAACAUGCAGUAAUCAAUGUCUAUGACGUGUUAGAAACAGAAGAUAGUAACUUUCAGAUACAGAAUUCCAUUGUGUACAUCAUUUGGUUAAGAAUAAUAACAAUCAGAUACUACACAAAGGUGUAUCUUCAGUUUUCGUUGUAGUCAUGUGUAGUUAAUUUAUAGUUUCAUUGUAGUCCUUAAUUUAUUCAGUUUCUACUUGAAUUGGACUGCUGCUAAGAGAGGAGGCCCUGUGUCAUGGGGUCCACUCACUACUAGAGCACCUUCUCCUUGCUGCUAUGGAGAUUAGUGCUUUCCAGGUCCGACACAUGCUUGUUUGCAUGCCGUGCCGUGUCUCUUUUCUCUCUCUCUCUGACCCAGGUACUCUCCUUUCAUGGCUUGUUCCUCCAGUCAGGUCACUAUGUGUUUUCCCAUUUCUGGGGUAUCAGUCAUUCCAUAGAAAACUGUUUCCAGUAGUCUUCUCCAUCGCUGCCCAGAUGGUGCCACUUCCCCAGUGGCUGGUAGAGGAACCCAGGCCCACCCUUUACUCCAGGUUCUAAUUCGGAGAGCCUCUACUCAGAUGCUAAGGUCUGUACCAUCUUAAAUCUUGCUGCUGUUUCUUGGCGCCUUUUCCUACAUUAUCUCUCUCAGGCUUUCACUGCACCACCCUUCUGGAUAAACCCUUCCUUCCUUCCGGGCCUGGAUCCCCUGGGGUUUCCACUUUCUCCCUGCAUUUCCUUCCUUCUUUCCCUCCCUCUCUAACUAUCUUAACCUUGUCGGGUGAGGAGAACACCCCAUCACACCCUGGUAAUUUCUUCUUCUUUUUUUUUUUUAAACCUCAAACAAGAUUUUUUGUUCUCUGUUUAUACAGUCUAAUGCUGGUAGUUGUGCAGAAAGAGUUUCUGAGUGCAACACUAAAUUAAUUUUCUAAAGCAUGUGAAUGCAGUGCCUAGGUUCAGUGGUUCUGUUCUAAAGCUUUAGUACUCUUGCUGAACAAUAAGAUCCAACAUUUCUAACUGCUUACGUAUAUAAAGAUUUUAAAUGUAGAGGAAAAAAUAAUCGUAUUUGAAUGUUUCUUGAAAACACACAAGCUGAGCAUACCCUAAGAGAGACCAAAAACAGCCAACUCCUUGGAGAUUGUCCCAUAUGUUUUAAAUGCUCAAUUAAUUAUAUAUAUUUUUCCUUAAUAGAAGCCCUUUAGUGAGCAGGGAAGUUUUUAACCCUUUCAGUCUUGAUUCCAAAUUCACUGUGUAAAUUAAAAUGUUUCAGCAGAA